AUGCCCAGCGAGGGUUUAGUGACGCCCUUCCUGGGUGCACUGCAAGCCUGUGUUUCUGUGCUGUUGACAAUGUGCUACGGUUUUGCUGCUCGUCGACUCAAUUUGAUCCACGAGACUACAAUAAAUGACAUGCUGGGAUUAGGCGUCAAGCUCCUCCUACCGGCACUACUCAUCGUCCACCUGGGUGAGCAGCUUCAUCUUGGGACAGCGAUGAACUAUAUUCCAGUCAUAAUCUGGUCAGUCCUCUACACAACUGCAUCGAUCGGGCUUGGUCAUUUAUUAUCGCGUCUGCUUGGCCUACCGCAAUGGGUCACACCGACUUGCUCCUUCAACAACACUACAUCUCUACCCUUGUUACUCCUCCACUCCCUAAAGAGUGUAGGAAGUUUAAAGCUGAUCCUACGACAUGGCGAAACCACAUCAUCGGCAAUCGACCGUGCUCAGAGCUAUUUCCUUGUUUGCGGCGUUAUAAGCAAGACUAUCGCGUAUAUCGUCGGGCCGAAGAUGUUACAAGAUGGUGGGGACAGUUUUGAUACCCCAGGGGAGCGACAUCGUACCACAAGCAUUCUGGCAGAGGAUGAGCAACUCACCGAAGAAACAUCACUACUUCCGCAGCGCGCCCAAGAAGCACGAACAUCAGCCGGGAACCUGAUCCGGCGAUCGACGCACUGGCUAGGCUCAUUAUGCGGGCUAGGCUCAUUAUUCACCCGCCGAGUCAAACAGGAACUCCUCGCACCAUUCGAAUCACCAUUCGCGGACGUGGCAAUACUCUGCACUAUUGUCGGCACAGUGCUGGGAUUGGUCCCCUCAUUACACCGAGCAUUCUUCUUCGAUGAGGAAGAUGGCGGGAUAUUCAAUGCGUGGUUGACUGCGAGUAUUAGGAAUAUCGGCGAGCUGUUCACAGCACUGCAGAUCUUCAUGGUUGGGUGUAAGCUUGGGAUCACGUUCGAGCGGAUAGUUGCAGAAGGGAAUUCGGGCCGAAUCCCUGUCAAGGCUAUCACGACUGUCUUUGUCGUUCGGUUGGUGGUCUGGCCGGUAUUGAGUAUUUCGCUGAUUUAUGGACUGGCUAAGAGGACUCAGCUCCUUGGUGAUGAUCCAAUUCUCUGGUUUAGUAUGAUGUUGAUGCCAGCUGGUCCACCGGCGUUAGUGAUUUCCGGGUUAGCGGAAUUGGCGCAGGCAUCUGAGACGGAAAAGAUGGCUAUUGCGAAGAUGUUGACGAUCAUGUAUGCGUUGUCGCCAUUUGUAUGUUUCAGUAUUACGGGAGCGCUUACAGCUUCCGAGGCAGUGUUGAAAGGGAAACGAUAA